GCUCAGGCAGACGGGUUCUUCGCUGAGAGGGUGUUUAUAGAUAAAGUAAUGAAGUAGACACCUGGACAAAGAACUUCAGUCACCGUAACUGAGAUAGACUGGCGUUGUCACAUUUAAAAUGGAACAGGAAUUUGAAGACAUGGAUUCAGAGGGCCGGUGGCAAAACCUAUACAUUGAAAUCAGGAAUCAGUCCCAUGAAUGCGCCUACAAAGUGGCAAAGUAUCCAGAGAACCGCAACCGCAACAGAUAUAGGGACGUCAGCCCAUUUGACCACAGUCGGGUGAAGCUUGAGAACACAGAUAAUGACUACAUCAACGCCAGUUUGGUGGUGAUGGAGGAAGCCCAGAGAAGUUACAUACUGACUCAGGGUCCCCUCAAGAACACCUGUGGCCACUUUUGGCUGAUGAUCUGGGAGCAGAAGACCAAGGCUAUCAUCAUGCUCAACAGAAUCAUAGAGAAAGGCUCGGAAAAGUGUGCCCAGUACUGGCCUACGGCCGAGGAGAGGGAGAUGGCCUUCCGCGACACACGUUUCCUGGUCACGCUGCUGUCAGAGGACAUCAAGUCCUAUUAUACCACCCGGGUACUGGAGCUGCAGAAUGCUAAUACGGGGGAGAAACGAGAGAUUCACCACUUUCAUUACACCACGUGGCCUGACUUUGGUGUCCCAGAGUCGCCGGCGUCUUUCCUUAACUUCCUACUUAAGGUCCGGGAGUCUGGUGCACUUGGGGCAGACAAUGGACCAGCUGUAGUGCACUGCAGUGCUGGAAUUGGACGAUCAGGGACGUUCUCACUAGUGGACACAUGCCUGGUCCUGAUGGACAAGAGGAAAGACUCGUUGUCGGUAGACAUCAAACGUAUCCUCUUGGACAUGAGGAGGUACCGUAUGGGUCUGAUCCAGACCCCUGACCAGCUGCGCUUCUCCUACAUGGCAGUCCUGGAAGGAGCCAAAUACAUCAUGGGAGACUCCUCUGUUCUGAAGCAGUGGCGAGAGGAGUCCAAGGAGGACCAGGAGCCGGUGUCUGACUCUCCACCCCCAGCUCAGCCUCAGCCCAAGUGUGCGACAGACAGGCACAAUGGCAGCCAGUGGGGAGGCCCCCAGCUGGAGGAGGGAGGAGACUGCAGGCAGGACAACAAAGUUCCCAUCCAGCCCCCAUGCAAGGAACAAGAGCUGGACAGCAACACAACACACAAGAGACACAGAGAAGACAGCAUCUCUAAGACGCCCACAACCAAGACACCACAGCAAAACAAGACCAGGAUAAAUGACUCGGAGAAGAAGAGGAAAAGGGCAAAGAUCAGUGACGCUUAACAAUCUCCAACGACGGCCACCUGAAAACAGUUAUGGCAGCAACGCCAACCUCGGCAGGGAUCUCCAGCUCUAUCUGAACCCCCGCGCCCUCCUCCUUACCCAGUCCAAAACCACUGUUCACCUCCCUCACCCAGAGUCACACAGCUUUCCCCUUUCCUAGCCCGCUUUUCCCCCCCAGCCUGACCCUGUGGUACUACUCCCCCCCCCCCCCAUCUACCCACUAUGCACCUCAAUGCCCCCACCUCCACCGCAAAACAAACCAAAAAAACUGCACUGCCCCAGGUCUUUCCAAGUGUUCCUCUUCUCAGAACUGUUAAACGGCCAUCGCUUCACUCUCCUGCUCCAAAACACCGUCAUCUAGAAGUCACUCCGGCACUUAACCCCCGGUACUCCCCACCGCCAUUCUCCAUGGCCUCCUUCCUGCUCUGUCUCUCUUAACUGUUUACACCAAACACUUCUACAUUCUUCUCAAGGGACGUUUGAAAGAGACCGAACACACCAGCUCUUCAACCCCGCCCCGACACCCGGCGCUGCUUGUGGACUGGAGUCACAGAAUAUGCGCUGUCAGUUUGUUUUUUGCUUUAUUAUUAAUUUUAAUUUUGUUUUUUGCUUAUUUCUUUAAGUCAGACUAUUUUUGCAUCUACCAAAUUAAGACCCAAAGUGAACUGAAAAUGGGGGUUAUGCAUUGCCAAUUUGUAAUGCUGUUCAUAUGUGUAUUUUUAGAGACACUUUUUUCAGAGGAAAAAUAAAAGUUUUAUUUUUAUAAGAGAUUACUUGAAGUUUUCCACCACGUUGGGAGGGUUAAAUGAAAGCAGCCCCCCACAUGAGAUUCUGUGGCAUGUGAUGUUUCCAUAAUGUACAUAGUGUUCUUUUUAAAGGAUGUGUAAAAAGACAUUUUUGCUUGUAUUAAAAAAAAAAAAAAAAUUUGGUUUGAAAACAGACGCAAACUAUAAUUUCUGAAUCAGUUCUCUACAAAUGGAUUUGUUUUGCAUUGCCCUUUCUCCUACAGUGUAAUCUACAAAUAAAACUGGUACCAUCUAGUUUACACAAUGAUGGCAUGUCUGUUUUCUGGCUACCUCUGUUUUUACAUUUGCACAUUUCCAGCCCAAGGAGCAGCUCCUGACCAUCUCACCUCAUGAUUUCACUACGUCUAAAAGGAUGGAUAGCGUUUCAAAAACGUUACGUGGCCAUCUUAAAUUGGAAAUUUAAAUGGCGGCACGGUGGCGCAGUGGUUAGCGCUGUCGCCUCACAGCAAGAAGGUCCUGGGUUCGAACCCCGAGGGUGUCCAACCUUGGAAGUCAUCCCAGGUCUUCCUCUGUGUGGAGUUUGCAUGUUCUCCCCCGUGUCUGCGGUGGGUUUUUUCCGGGUGCUCCGGUUUCCCCCACCGUCAAAAAGACAUGCAUGUUAGGGUUAACACUCCUGUCUGUGCCCCUGACUGAGGCAAUAGGAAGAAAUAACUUGGAGUUGGUCCCCGGGUGCAGCACGGCAGCUGCCCACUGCCCCUAGCUACACAGCUAGGAUGGGUUAAAUGCAGAGUGUAAUUUCCCCACGGGGAUUAAUAAAGUAUCUCAAAAUAAAAAAUUUGCAAGUGUUCAACACUUAUCAGUUUCUUGGCACAGACGAUUAGAAAAGGUCUUCAUUUGGUUAACUGGGUGGCUGCUUACCUUUUUAACAAAGUCUUGACGUCAUGUUCACCCAACCACAAUUUUUUCAUAAGACUACCUCAUGAAUAUGUUUGAAACAGCUGGUCUGUUUGGUAACCAAACCUUGUGGUUUUCUCAAAGCCUCUCUUCAACCACACCGCAUGAUAUUGUGAAAGUGUGCAG